UUUAAGAAAUCACUCAUUUACAUUUCGUUUUCUUCUUUUUGCAUGAAAUAAAGAACUCUGAUUGGUUGAAUUUCUUAUGUAUACGCGUUAUAUAAGAGUUGUGUUCUCCGCUUUAUGCAUGCUCGCUGCUCGCAUCGCAGUAUUUUGUGGCUGACAGAUUUUCUAACCUAAAUAGUCGUGAACUUUAACGAUUAAAUAUCUCAAAUUACGGGGCGAGUUUUUCUGCCAGAUUCGUUCGUUUCGAUCAAAAACGCGUUGAAGGAGCUUAAUUUUAUCGAUUUUUGAGGUGACGUAACUAAACUGAACAAUUAUCUAUAUACACACACACACACACACACACACACACAUAAACUAAAUAAAUGCAUAAAGCAAGCCCGAUAAGAUUAAUACUUAAAAAAAAUUGCAGUAUGAUUCGUCAUCAACAAGACAUGAGUAGUUGUGAAACACUCAUCAGGCCUAUAGAAAGUUCAAUUAAGGAAAAGUUGGAAGUUGCACUAAAACCUCUUCACUGCGAAGUUAUUAAUGAAUCCUAUAUGCACAAUGUUCCCAAAAACUCUGAGACACAUUUUAAGGUAGUGGUUGUAGCAGAAACAUUUGACAAGCAGCCAUUGAUCAAGCGACACCGAAUGAUAAACCAGUUAUUGCAAGCAGAACUGCAAGGAAGUGUACAUGCUCUAUCGAUUAUAGCGAAAACACCAGAGCAAUGGGAAGCAAGCAAUAAAACAGUGGCCGCGAGUCCUGCUUGCAGGGGCGGUUUUGGAAAGUAACGUGUAAUGAUUUAAUGAUUAAUUAUAAAUAUAAAGGUAAUAAUUUAA